GAUUAGAUGAGUGAAUUAAAAUGCAUUGGAUGCAGCUCAGUUUGCACUGCACCAGCUCUGCAUCCAGGCCCCUCUCAGAGUUUGUCAGUAAACACAAGUCUAAUACUAACCCUGUCUGUGAUUUUCUGACAUUAAAAAUUGCAAUAUAUGAAUAUUUCCUAAUAAUUAAAAGAACAACAACAGAACUACAGAUUGCAUGACGUUUUACUUUGAAAUCAAUGUAAUUUUAGGCUAUAUGAUGUGCAGUGUUCUGUUGCGUACUCAAAUCAGGUGAACAUAUUGAAUAAUACUGCAUGUUUUAAGGCAAUCAAUAAUAGCUCUAUAUUCUGUUUUGUGUGAACUAUCAUUUUAGUUAUGAUCUUAAACUUUGAAGUCAAUACAGUCACAUGGACUCAUAAAAUCAGACACGCCUGUUUUGACAGGUCUGACAGAUGCAGAACCAGGAAAUACUUUAUCUUUCUGGUAAAUUGAAACUGAAGAGCUGUUGAGAUUAACGUGUCUGUCUUUCUUUUGGAUCUUGUGUUAUAAUGGCAGAAUCAAGUGUCUCAUGGGAUCAGGAGUUCAGCUGUUCAAUCUGUCUGGAUCUGAAGGAUCCAGUCACCCUUUCCUGUGGACACAGGUUCUGUAUGAGCUGCAUUACAGACUGCUGGAAUCUGGAGGAUCAGAAGAGAGUUUACCGCUGUCCUCAGUGCAGACGGACAUUCACUCCAAGACCUGCUUUAAAUAACAAUGUGAUACUUGCUGAAAUGCUGGAGGAACUGAAAACAACAAGACUCCAAACUGCAGAUUGUUAUGCUGGAUCUGGAGAUGCGGAGUGUGACGUCUGUACUGGAAGAAAACUCAAAGCUGUCAAGUCCUGUCUAGUGUGUCUGAACUCUUACUGUCAACAUCACCUGCAACAACAUCAGAAUUUAUACAGCAGCAAGAAACACAAACUGACUGACGCCACUGGACGACUACAAGAGAUGAUCUGCACAAAACAUGAAGAACCGCUGAAAGUCUACUGCAGGACUGACCAGCAGUGUGUGUGUUAUCUGUGUGUGAUGGAUGAACACAAAAACCAUGAGACUGUGACGGCUGCAGCUGAGAGGACAGAGAAACAGAGGAUUCUGAAAGAGACACAAAGACAAUAUCAAGAUAGAAUCCAGGAGCAAGAGAAGAAGCUUCAGGAUCUGAGACAGGCUGUGGACUCUCAUAAGCGCUCUGCACAGGCAGCAGUGGAGGACACUGAGAGCAUCUUUACUCAACUCAUCCACUCCAUUGAGAGACGCCGCUCUGAGAUCACACAGCUGAUCAGAGAUCAGGAAAAGACUGCAGUGAGUCAAGCUGAAGAUCUCAUGAAGAAACUGGAGAAGGAGAUUGAUGAUCUGAAAAGGAGAAACACUAUGCUGGAGCAGUUUUCAAACACACUUGAUCACAUACAGUUCCUGCAGAGUUUCCAGUCUUUCUCAGUCUCUCCUGGAUCAGCAGAUGUUUCCAGCAUCACUAUCAGCUCUCUCCUCUCUCUUGAUCAUGUGGGGAAAUCUGUUUCUAAAUUAAAGGAGAAACUAGAGGAUUUCUGCAGACAAGAGAUUAAAAAGAUCUCAGUAGGAGACCCUGAAACCAGACAUGACUUCCUACAAUAUUCCCGUCUGCUCUCUCUGGAUCCGAACACAGUGAAUAAAACCCUCCUUCUGUCUGAGAGGAACACACUGGUUUCUUUCACAAACACACUCCAGCAGUAUCCUGAUCAUCCUGACAGAUUCGAUUUUUACACUCAGGUGUUGUGUAGAGAGAGUUUGUAUGGACGCUCUUACUGUGAGAUUGAGUGGAGUGAAGGGAUGUUUGUAGCAGUGGCAUAUAAGAGCAUCAGGAGGAAGGGAGAAAGCAAUGAGUGUCUGUUUGGAUUUAACGAUCAUUCAUGGAUGUUACUAUGCUCGUCCUCCACAUGCAGUUAUUAUCACAAUAGAAAAGAGACUGUUCUCCCUGUGUUGUCCAGCAGAAGAAUAGGAGUGUAUGUGGAUCACAGUGCAGGAACGCUGUCCUUCUACGGCGUCUCUGACACAAUGAGCCUCAUCCACAGAGUCCAGACCACAUUUACUCAACCGCUCUAUCUUGGGUUUAUGAUAGGUUCAAAUGCAAAAGUAAAACUGUGUGAUCUAACAGUAUAGAUCAGCCGUUCCCAAACUGGGGUGCACAGUGUAACCACCAGGAGUGCGCGAGAGAAUGUUUGUAAUAGCUGAAAAUUGUAUCUUUUAUUAUUUUUAUGCCUUAAUCUUGGGUAAACUUUACAUCAUAUUUUUAAGAGAAAAGAAAUUCACAGAGAGAGAGAAAAAAAAAUCACAUAAGAAAUUGUAAUUUACAACCUAUGCAUACUCACUCAUCUCGCUGUUUCACAUCUGUGCCACAAUAGCCCUGCUCUUUCCCAUUAGGUGAUAGUACAUUCGUAGUUUUUUUUUUUUUUUUUUGCUUACUAUAGUCAUCAAAA